CUGAGGUGCGCCCUGCAAGGAGGCGGCAGUCCACCCAUCACAGAACACGAUCACAAUCUGCCUGAUUCAAAAUUGAAGAUGACUGUUGAUGGCUCUCUCGUUCUCGGCUUCGAGAUGCCAUGAGUGUGGAUGUGCUGCUCCUGCUGCUGCAUGAAUGCCAUAGUGGGCUUCCUAUUAGGUGUUGACGUCAAGCGUAUCGAAUCAGGGACAGACAGCCUGCCGAAGCGCAACUGAAGUGACGCGGAGACGACUGUGUAUUCCAUCGAUGCGAGCGCCCCCCCCUCGGGGAAGAAGAAUAUAUUUACAUUAAGAACGCGCGAAUGCUGGCAGCUGGAAAUGUUAGAACGGCACAAGUGGGGACCACCAUCAGAUUCUAUUCGCUUCGCCGCGCCUCGCCGGGGAAAGUAUUUAUUUAUUUUAUUAUUAGUUAAUCAUCGUAACUUCAACAAGUAGAGAGAAGCUAUUUUCAGCAGCCAAUAACUACAACCUGUAUAUCUAUGUAUAUAUAUAAAUACUAGUCAAAAUUUCCGUUGGCAAUCACGUCUCGAAGCGGGGGAGAGGGAGGGAGCGUCCCAGGAGGAGGAGAGAGAGAGGCCAGGUAAACAGGAGGAGAAAGGAAAGAGGGAGAGAGAGAGAAAGCCGUGUGUCCUUUCUAGACGGGGACGUGACGACGUAAAAAUCUUUUUUUUUUUUUUUUUUUUUUUCAGUCAGGGAGGGAGGACGAGGGUAUUUGGGAAAUUGGGAGUGUGUAGGAGGGAGGCAGAGGGGGUGGGCGGGUGUUUGUCUCAGACUCUGUCUCCCUCGACGAGGGUAUUUAGGAAAUUGGGAGCGUAGGAGGGAGUACGAGGGUAUUUGGGAAAGAUGGACAGUCGACGAUGGCUUGAUCGAUUUGUGAAUGAUUCUUUCAAGACGCCGGGAUACCAACCUAGUUCGUUCUCAGACUCCGACAGCGCUUUCGCCACCCCAGCAUUCGAUGAUGGCUGGCCCUCGACGGCCGCGAUCGAUGAGAGUGGGUUUAAUUCCACCCUUGCUGAUCGCCAGAAGACCGCAAGCGGUACCCCUCCCCCCCUGGAGGGGUUUUCACUUCUGGAUUUAAUCAAUAGCCUAUGGGACGGGCAGACUCGGUCGGCAUUUUCCAGGGUCGAUGUGAAAGAGACGCCGACGGCCUACGUGUUCUCCGCUGAAGCUCCAGGUUUCACGAGAGAGGACCUCAAGGUGCAGGUGGAUGACACUGGCUAUGGCGGCCGGAUGCUAGUCAUCAGCGGCGGCAAGGAGACGACGGGGGACGUAACGGGGGUGGGCGGCGGCGGCGGGGGGGGGAGGGUCCCGGGGGUCAAAUCCAAGAAAGUUGAGGCGAUAGAGAGAGCGAGUAGUUUUGUACGGCGAUUCAAGUUGCCGAAGGACUCGGAUCCCGACUCCACUACAGCUCACUGCGAGCACGGGGACCUGACAGUGGUGGUCCCGAAGCUUGGCGCAGCGGGUAGGGUGAUCGAUGUCCGAGACUUGGCUCAGUCUGACGUGCAGGCUGUCAGAAUCGAAGAGAUAGACUCCGAUGAAGAGGAAAGGGAGCAGCAGCAGCAACAACACCAGCAGCAGCCGCCGCAGCAGCAAGAGCAGUAUCAGGAGGCAAAGGGGAAGAAGAGAGAAGGAGGAGGAGGAGGAGGAGGGGGGGAUGGCGCACGCGUGAGAUCGUCGAACGCACAUCCUUCUGUUUUCGGCGGGGAUUACAAUCAUCAUCAUCAUCAGCAGCAGCAGCAGCAUCAUCAUCAUCGAAUUGCCAACGGAAAUGGAAUGGCAGGUGGGCGGGAAGUAGCGGGAGGCGUUGCUGGAAGAGACUUGAAUUCGAUGGACACGUCGGACAUGUUCGAGUUUCCUGAGACGCCGUCUGCGGAAGUCAUGGCCGCACACAUGCCAGCUCCCAUUCCAAGAAUCGUACAGGUUGUGUCACCUACGGCACUUAGAACGGAAGAGGUCGUGGAGAUGGAGGAGCGGGAGCCGUCUACGGAGAGAGAGGCAACCCCUGCCAGUCGUUCAGGAUGGAAACGAUUGGAUUACCAGCUACCUGACAUCUUCGCUCCUCACAAAUUCACAGGAAUUACAGUUGUGAGGUGUUGUACAAGAGGGACUCCGAGAAGCGAAGAAGAGAACCGAGCGGCGAGCGGCGGAUUCGUUUUCCACGGCUGUGAGUCAAUGCAGACCAUGAUGGCAUGAAGAUGCAGUAUCUCAUCAUCAAGGAGCCUGAGCAUUCUUCCAUUUUCUCCAUAACCUGGUUGUUUGGUGAGGCAGCGGGUCAGCAAGCCAGCCAGCCAAACCAGCUGAGGAUAACCAGCUCUAGCUGCUGCACCAUUCUCUCCCACAGAGAAUGUAUGAUGAUCAUGAAUGUAUACAAGGGCUAUCUAUGCCGUUUCGAUACGGUCAUGAGGAGGGCGUGUUGUGUUCGAGAGAAGAAGGUAGCCAUCAAGAAGUGGGGUUCACUAAGCUAUCUUUUCGGUAUCAUGGUCGAGUAAUGAGGAGGGUGUAUUAUGUUCGGGAGAACAAGUUAGCUCUCAAAGAGUGAGGUAAGUGCUGUCUCUUAUACACAUCCAUCAAGAAGUGGGGUUCACUAAGCUAUCUUUUCGGUAUCAUGGUCGAGUAAUGAGGAGGGUGUAUUAUGUUCGGGAGAACAAGUUAGCUCUCAAAGAGUGAGGUAAGUGAGGUUCACUUGGUUACUUUCGUCUGGUUGCACUCUCAGCUUCUGAAGCAGGGCAUGCAGCAGAAGGGGGGCAACUCGCCUUCAUGUUGGUUCUUUCUGCGGUAAUGGGGCGGCUUUCUGCGGUAAUGGGGCGGCUAAUGAUAGCUGCGGGGGAGACACGGCAUAGUAGACAGCUUAAAAGCUUAAUCUUGUCAUCAUUCGCUUAAUAUCCAACGGUGAAGUUUAUAGAUUGAUCCGCCACGGCAGCAGUGGAGUCACUGGAGUGGGCAUCAAAAGGCCCUCGAUACUCUGAAAGGGAAGUGGAAAGAAACCAUGGUAAACUUUAUAAUGUGACUCUGGUUAAGGUUCUGCGCAGCAAAGGAAAUUAAUUUCCUCCUUGCCCGUGAGAAAGAGGAGAAAGGACUGGAUCAUGCUUUGCCUGUUCCUUCCCCUGCCUUUGAACCCUGAGCUCUGCACAUGGCUGCUUCAUGGUGGAGAGUGAGACUGAUAAUCAUCAAGGCGGUGGGGUUUGAAAAAUUUGAAAAUUGGAAUAUGAUCUUGAGGCAUCUUCUUAUCAAGAAGAUGGAUUGUGGUGGCAAGUGCAAGUGUUGAUGACAGUGGCGUGCGAAUGCACAUUUGUGUGGGUAGAGGUUGGCUGCUGCUCAAUCUUUCGUGUGUCACUGUAUGGAAGUUAGGAAGUACUCCUGUGAUUUGUGAUGCGUCAGAAUCAAUUAGACAUCGAAGU